UCCUGGGAGUCCUGCACCAAUGAGGAGAGAGGAAGGGGGCGUGGCCAGGCGAGCUGCUCUUCCUUGCAGAGAAGGUCCAAAGCCGGAGCAGUACCUAUUUACCUACUUGCGUUUGCAUGUUUUCGAGGCGAUGAUGGCAACGUCUCGCCAGAUCAGCAUUCUCAUCAUCGGUUGUGGAAAUCGAGGGAAACGCUACUCAUCUUAUGCUCUGUGCCAUCCCACGCGCAUGAAGGUCGUUGGUGUGGCCGAUCCCAGGUCUUCGGCCAGAAAAGAGCUCCAAGAGAUGCAUCCCAUGGACCCGGCCAAUGUCUUUGACGACUGGAGACCCGCGGCCGAGAGAGAGAGGUUUGCAGACGCCGUUCUCAUUGCAACACCAGACCGGCUCCAUAAGGCGCCGGCGGUGGCUUUUGCCCACAAAGGAUAUCACAUCUUACUGGAGAAACCUAUGGCAACCACCCCAGAGGACUGUAAAGAAAUCGUCCAGGCGUGUCAAAGCGGACACGCCAUCCUUGCCGUGUGCCACGUCCUGCGCUACCACCCGGUUGUCCUGAAAAUCAAGGAGCUACUGGAUUCGGGGCUCAUCGGAGACAUCUGCCACAUUCAGCAUUUGGAACGGGUGGGAUUCUGGCAUUUUGCGCACUCUUUUGUGCGCGGGAACUGGCGCAACGAAGCGGAGAGCUCCUUCUCCUUGCUGGCCAAGUCGUGCCACGACCUCGACCUCAUCAAUUUCUGGAUGGGCGGCAAAAGAUGUUUGAAAGUGUCCUCUUUUGGGAAUGUCUCCCAUUUCACAAAAGGGCACCAGCCCAAAGGAGCCUCCAGCCGGUGUUGGGAUUGUUUGGUGGAGCCAACCUGUCCGUAUUCUGCUCAGAAGGUCUACCUGGAGCCCGCCAAAAAGGGCUACUUUGAUUGGCCGGUGUCCGUCGUUUGCAGUGACGGCACCUACGACAUCGAAUCCCUGACGGACGCCUUGCGCCGCGGUCCUUACGGGAGGUGCGUCUACGAGUGCGACAACGACGUCGUCACCAACCAGGUGGUCAACAUGGAGUUUGAAGGAGGAGCCACGGUUGGCUUCACCAUGGUGGCCUUCACCGAGAAACUGGGCCUGCGGAAAACCACCAUCUAUGGGACGAAAGGAGAGCUCCACUGCGAAGGCGGCGGGCCCGUGGAAGUCUUCCGUUUCCUGGAGAAGGAGAAAACCACCUUUUUCCCAGAGAAAGUCUCCUCCGUCCCGGCGAGUUUGAGUGCCCACGAUGGUGCCGACUUCUACUUGAUAGAGAGCUUCGUUUCGGCGGUAGCUGAGAAUAACCCGUCUCUGAUCCAGACCGGUCCAGAAGAUACUUUGCGUUCCCACCUCCUCGUAUUCGAAGCAGAGAAAUCCCGGCGGGAAAACCGGGUUGUGUUCCUCGAGCGAUGACAAGGAGACCAGUUUGGGAAUAUUCCAGAACCAAUCCGGAUCAGCAUAUACUUUCGAAUGUGUUUACGGACCAAACUUGCCCAAAGUUUACAACUGAAUGCAUUCGAUGCAAUAGUAUUGCAACACAGCUAGACUAAUUUACACUUCCAUUUGAUUCAUAUGCAUUAUGUUAAUGUUUUAAUUUUAACUAUGUCUUUUAAUAAUCUAAUAUUUUUAUAUUCUAA